UUUGCCGCUUUAUUAUGGUGCAGUGAUUUCUAACUAUUAAACACUGCUUCUAGUCCGCAGUCUGUGUGAUUUCUCCCAUGGUAUUUUUCUAAUCUCCAUAAAUGAAUCUUACAUGCCAGCAGCUUUUCCAGAAGGAAAAUCAAGUGUUCUUAUUUAUUUCAGUUUAAAGCCUUUAUGCCGAUCUUCCCAAAGUGCUGAGCCAAAGUAUAAACCACUUGGAAAACUGAAGAGAGCUAGAACAAUCAAUGUAGACUCAGAGGAGGAAGGUGAUCUUUUUGAUGACCCUCUACCAACACCUUUAAGGCACAAAGUUCCAUACCAGGUAACUCAUCACGCUGAGGUAUUUUCAAUGACUGCACUGUCACAAAACCAGCCUGAAAAAGCAAGACAAAGCACAGAACGCUGCAGAGUGGAGAGUAUGCAGAACUCUUUUUUGGCCAACUUUAUAGACUGUGAAGAAUCCAACAGUGAAAGUGAAGAAGAGCUAGAAACCCUGCCUUUGCUGCAGGGAAAGCUAGGCCCUGUAGCACUUCCCCAGCAAAAUGCUGAUGGGGAUAUACCACAGUGGGACGUAUUCUUCAAAAGAAAUGAUGAAGUCACAGAUGAAUGUUUGGAAAAUUUCCCUUCAUCCACAGAGAUGGGGGGUUCUCAGUCACCAAAGCUUUUCAGUGACUCUGAUGGAGAAUCAACCCACAUCUCUUCCCAGAAUUCUUCUCAGUCAACACACAUAACAGAUCAAGGAAGUCAAGGCUGGGACAGCCAAUCUGAUACUGUUUUGUUAUCUUCACAAGAGAGAAACAAUGGGGAUGGUUCCUCUUUGAACAAAGGGGCCUACAAACCAAAAUUCAAAGAGAGUAUUUCUGUGCCUCAAAUGGAACAAAAUGUACUUUGCCCAGAGGAUACUUGCUGUGAUUUGAAAAGCAGAGAUAAAGAGGUAAAUACAGUUUCUAGUGUUGGAAAAGAAGCCACUAUGAGUGAUGGGAAAUACACACCUGAGGAAGCAGCAGUGCCAAAUGGUACACACACAGACUCACAGAGCUCCUCUGAUUUUGAAAUUCCCUCAACUCCAGAAGCUGAGCUUCCUAAACCAGAGCAUUUACAGUAUUUAUAUAAAAAACUGGCAACAGGUGAGAAUAUAGUAGUUGAAAAAAGAAAAUGUUCGCUCUUCGAUAUUUAAGAAUUAAAAUACCUCAUGCUAACAAGGAUGUCCAGCUUUUGAUGUAGCAACAUGACACUGUCAAAUAUAAAUGUACUGGGCUAUAUUCAUAGCUAUCUCGGGAUGGAUGCAGCCUGCAGGCUAUAGGUUAAGACACACCUAUUAUAGCAACCAGUAAAAAAUUUAUACAAAGUGACAAAUCACUGUCAUAACAGAUCAAAAUAGGGUAUUUUAAAAUGCUCAAAUAAGGCAAUUAUGGAGAAACAAGAUCAAAAACAGGGACAAGUUUGCACAAGAUCGUAUAACUAAAUCUAAACAUAAUAAAUUAAAAACAAGUGAUAUAAAGAAAGUGAUAAAAACACAAACUCAGGGAAAAACAUAUCCGCCUAUGUGCUGUUUACAGAAAACAAUUCAAGUGAUCUAAGUUAAAAUUAAAGGAUUUUAAAGGGAUACCAUGUAAAUACAUUAAGCAACCUGGAGUAUUAAAACCAGUCAGUAUCCUAAUGGUCAAAGGUCUAGUUCACCAAGAGGACUCCUAUGUACAACUUUAAAAUACAUGAAAAUGAAAACUAAAAGAAAAAGCAGUUGCUGCAAGAGAACAGGCCUGUAAUCCCUGCUACUCAGAAGGCUGAGGCAAGAGGAUCGAAAGUUCAAGGCCAGCCUGGGCAACUUUGCAAGGUCUUAUCUCAAAAGAAAGAACAUGGGGCUAUAAGUCAAUGGUAGAGUGCUUGUCUAGCAUGUAGGUUCAAUCCCCAGUACUGCCUCUUCACAAAAGAAACCAACUAAUAUAAUAGUUAUAAAGAUUUUACCAUCAGGGUUUGGAGAGAUGACUCAGUGGUUAAGAGCACUGGCUGCUCUUGCAGAGGACCCAGGUUUGAUUACCAGCACCUACAUAGUGGCUAACAACCAUCUGUAACUGCAGUUCCAGGGGA